AUGCACAAGUCACCGUCCAACACAGCUCUAUUCUUUGACAUUGUGGAAGAAGAAGAUGAGACAAGGAGGGAGGACAAGGUUCGACGGGCAUCCAUGUGCAUUUCGAAUGGUACCCAGAACAGACUUGUCCAUCCCAGUGGCAUGGCUGGUGUGCAGGAGCAGGAGGGUGGACACAAGGAAGGGGAUGAUGAGCUGGUGAAAACAGGAAGCAAUUCUCUUCCCAUCUUGACCCCUGAAGAGGUCCUGAAAGAACUGCUGAACGAUCUGUACAUCGACUCAACAAAGCUUAAGCAAGAGGAACUACUUGGGGAAGGUGGCUUUGCAACAGUCCACAGAUCAUUACUGUUUGACCCCCGAAAGAAUUCACACAAGGCUGUGGCAGUCAAAGUUUUAAAACCUGACCUGCUGAAGAGCCCGGACGACCUGCGGGAAUUCCUCAUGGAGGCAAAUCUGCAGCGAAAAAUGAAGCACAGAUAUAUUGUGAGGAUCCUUGGAAUUGGGGGCCAUGACAUGAGUACAAUGACAAGUCUGCGAGAAUCUAUUUUUGUGGUACAAGAAUACAUGGGUGGAAAAGAUUUGAAGGAUUUGGUUGUGAGACAGAUGCUCGAUCGGGGAAAGGAACUUUACAGCACCGAAGAUGCAUUCAAGUGGCUGAUAAUGGUUGCGGAGGCUCUAAACUACUGUCACUCUGUGUGCCGUCCCAUGAUCAUACAUCGAGAUUUGAAACUUGAAAAUAUUUUGCUUGAUGAGGCCAAGAAUGAGGCGAAAUUGUGUGACUUUGGGCUCCAUAAGCGGCUUCGCAUGAAGCUAAUGUCCCACCCUGGGGACAGCCCUGGGGCUGCCGCUGCAGCCGCAGAGGGCUCCUACUACGGGGGCAAUUUGUAUGCCAACAGCCUGGGGGCAGCUGCACCAAGCUCCCAGGCCCAGAACCCAGAUACGCUUCCUCAGCAAAGGGAGUCUGGCAGUGUUCGAAGGUCAAGGUCUGAGAAAUUUCUGGCACAAAUGGAGCAGGUUUCUGAGAAUAGUGGUCGACGUCGCUACACAUCUGAUGGAGAGUCUGCGCAUGGGGGCACAUUGUAUGCUGACCACAUCAGCAGCCACGGUGACGCACAAAGCACCCCACUCCUGUCCCUUAGCUCAGGUGGCAAGUCCGCCAGCUCAGCAACCGAUGCAAAAGGCACAGCUGAUUCACCAGCGUCAACAGUAGUUCAAUCGCCACAGCCAACAGUGGCCUUCCCAACUGCACUGGCUGAAGCACAGAGCAUCCACAGCCAGUCACAAUCCAUACAUUUGCUGUCUCCGCGCUCCUUGGGUAGCUCCAUGGAGCUGACGCAGAAAGUUGGGAGUGCCUUCUACAUGGCGCCUGAAGUAGUAUUGGGCAAGAAGUACAACGAGAAAGUGGACGUUUUUGGAUUUGCGAUCAUCAUGUAUGAGGUUUUGGCGAGGUCAGUGAUUUUGGUGAAGUACGCCAUGGUCCAUAGUCGAGAGGAGCUGGCAAAUUAUGGUGAACUCGUUGCCAAGGGUCACAGGGAACAAAUUCCGCCACACUGGCCAGAGGAACUCAAGUGUCUGAUUGCGGACUGCUGGGCCCACGAGCCUGAAAAACGACCGUCCUUCAAUAAGAUCAUUUCCCGUCUGGUGAGCAUUCGAGACUCGGGCGCCGCUCACUACAUCAAUAAGCCUCUCGGCGCCAAAGACUACAACAUGUUCUGCGACUGUGGUUGCUGUCUGCAGUGA